CACUUUAAAAAACACCCAGUCCGGUCUGUGAACGGUUGGCGCUAGGAAGGGCAUCCAGCUGUAAAACAAUGCCAAAACUCUUUAUUAAUGGCCGUAAGAAUAGUUGAUCAGACAAACUGCGUAAACGGGGCUGGAACUCUAAGGAGUGAAGGUGUCGCGCACGGUAGGACAGAUGUCAGGUGUGAGCAUCGUCAGACCGUUACCCAGCUAUCACAUCACAAGGUAGAUAACACUAGGUUAAGGAUGGCUAGUGUGAAUGUUGGUACUCUGAGAGGUAGAGCAGGUGAAGUAGUUGAAAUGUUAGAACGUAGAUCUGUUGAUAUGUGUUGUGUUCAGGAAGUCAGGUGGAGAGGAGCUUCUGUGAGAUUUGUGAAAGGUAGGAGGGCAAGGUAUAAGCUUUUUUGGAUUGGUACUAGUGAUGGAUAUGGAGGAGUUGGCAUAUUCGUUGCAGAGAAGUGGGUAGAAAAAGUAAUAGAUGUUAUGCGUGUUAAUAGUCGUAUUAUAGUGAUAAAGUUUUUGAUAGGUAAUAGGAUUGUCACUUUUCUGUCAGUUUAUGCUCCACAGUGUGGACUCAUUGAGGAAGAUAAAGAUAAGAUUUAUGGUGAGUUAAUAGCAGUCACAUCAAAGUUUGGAGACACUGAACUUGUCAUGGUGGGCGGCGAUUUUAAUGGUCAUGUUGGGAAGUGAUCUGAAGGUUAUAGAGGUGUGCAUGGAGGCUAUGGAUUUGGGAGCAGAAAUAAGGAAGGGGAGAGAUUGCUUGAGUUUGGAAUGGCAAUGGACAUGGUGGAGUUGGCAUAUUCGUUGCAGAGAAGUGGGUAGAAAAAGUAAGAGAUGUUAUGCGUGUUAAUAGUCGUAUUAUAGUGAUAAAGUUUUUGAUAGGUAAUAGGAUUGUCACUUUUCUGUCAGUUUAUGCUCCACAGUGUGGACUCAGUGAGGAAGAUAAAGAUAUAGUUUUAUGAUGAGUUAAUAGCAGUCACAUCAAAGUUUGGAGACACCGAACUUGUCAUGGUGGGCGGCGACUAUGGUCAUGUUGGGAAGUCAUCUGAAGGUUAUAAAGGUGUGCAUGGAGGCUAUGGAUUUGGGAGCAGAAAUAAGGAAGGGGAGAGAUUGCUUGAGUUUGGAAUGGCAACGGACAUGGUGGUUUGCAACACAUCAUUCAGUAAGAGACAGAGUAGGCUGAUAACAUAUGAGUCAGGUGGUUGUAA